CCAACCCAUUUACUUUCCUCUCAAAUUUAACAAUUAAGUUUCAUUUAUUCUUUCCUCUGAAAUUUAACAACACAGCUUUCCACUCCUUCCGGCUCUUGCCCUAGCACACAUUCCAGACUCCCUCGCCGGCCAGGACACCUCCUUCCCUGUUAGUGUGCUGAGUUGUCAAAAAGCACCUAAGAGUUUCUUAGUUGAAGAUUUGAUAAAGCUCGUUAAAGAGCAUAAUGCAAGUUUUUGGUGUGAAACUUGUGUAUGGAUGACAUCAAUAGUAUUGUUACCGGUAAGAGAAGAGAAGCUCCUUUCGUUUUCUGCUCUGUCACCAACUACUGUCGACGAACUUUUCGUUAAAGAUGGAAGUGGCACCCAAAAUCGCUCCUUCGAUGCUCUCUUCUGACUUUGCCAAUUUGGCUUCCGAGGCCCAUCGCAUGCUUAACCUCGGCGCCGAUUGGCUCCACAUGGACAUCAUGGAUGGGCAUUUUGUCCCCAAUUUAACUAUUGGUGCUCCAGUUAUUGAAAGUCUGAGAAAGCACACAAUGGGAUAUUUGGAUUGUCACCUUAUGGUUACAAACCCUCUUGAUUAUGUUGAACCCUUGGCAAAAGCUGGUGCUUCUGGUUUUACAUUUCAUGUAGAGACAUCAAAAAAUAACUGGAAAGAACUUAUCCAAAAAAUCAAGUCACAUGGCAUGAGGCCUGGUGUAGCAUUAAAGCCUAGGACCCCCAUUGGAGAUGUUUAUCCUCUGGUGGAAGCUGAAAAUCCUGUAGAAAUGGUUCUUGUGAUGACUGUAGAGCCUGGAUUUGGAGGACAAAAAUUUAUGCCCGAGAUGAUGGAUAAAGUACGUAUACUUAGGAAGAAGUAUCCAUCACUUGACAUAGAGGUUGAUGGUGGUUUAGGGCCUUCAACCAUAGACAUGGCCGCAUCAGCUGGGGCAAAUUGCAUUGUUGCUGGAAGUUCAGUGUUUGGAGCCCCUGAGCCAGCUCAAGUAAUAUCCUUACUGAGGAAUUCCGUGGAGAAAGCCCAACACACCAUGAUAUAGUAAAAAAUGUUGUUUUAAGUUAUAUACCGUACACUUCCUAUAAUCAAUAUGCUUAAUGUUAACAUUUUCAUAAGUCGAAUAAAAGAAUGUGACUUGAAAAUGUUUCUUUAUAUUUCUGUAUCAAGUGUGCAUUUCAUAAAUAUAUAAAGGCACAAAAGGGGAUGACACAUGUUAUUGUCACCUAACUCCUUUGCUAAAGAACAUUGUGUUUAAAUUUAAAUUUUGAACCAUUGUUAGUAUUUUUA